AAACCCACCAUGGUAAUGAUACCAUGGUGAGAGAUAUGCAGCAUAUAUGCCGAUAUGGUCACCAAAGACUCAUCAUGCUGGCCUCACCAUGUACGCCUGCUGCUGCUGUUGGUGAGGGUAAGGUAUUAUUAUUAAUGUGCUUGUAAAGUCAUGUAAAUAGAGUUUUGGUUAAAGUUGUCGCCAAUGUUAAUACGAUGGUUUACACCCAAAUAUCUCACUCGAUUGGCCUCCCUAGCUGAAAACUAACCCGAACUAGCUGUUCUUUGUGAUCAGACAUGAAUUGUAAGAUGUUGCAGCCAGGUUACCUGGGGCGGCACUGUGACCUCCUUGAAUGGCGGUGGGUGUAAGCGAAUUUUGUAAGCGAAUUCAGGGGCAGCAUUCCCAAAACGGGGGGUCAUCUUAUUGAGUUUAAUUAAACUACCGUUUUUUGUUCCAUUUCUCCCUAAUGUUUUCAUAAAUUUCUCAACAUUUUAGCUAUAAUUCUUAACUUUUAAUCAGUGUCAAUUUUUUUCUUCCUAUCUGACCAAAUUCAUGUUUUGCCGACUACUAAAACAAUUUGCCGAUUACUAAAACAAUUUGCCGAGUGGUAUUCAAUAUUUUGCUGACAACCUAAUGACAACCCCCAAUACACAUACAUCCCCCGCAACUUCUGCAAUUCCGCCUGUGGGCCCUUUAGCGCCCCUGAAAAUUUCAAUGCGCGGAUUUCAUAUUUUCCCCGGGUACGACAAAAAAUUCCAAAAUUGUUAAUUUAUGACGCAAAUAAAUUAUAGGACAACAAUGGCGGGAAGUGAGGAGUGCGUGAACGGGUAAAUUCUGUCAGAUUUGCUCAAAAUACAACCAAGAAAACGAAGUUGUCGUAACGAGAAUGAACGGUAAAGUUACUGUCGUAAUAGGCGAUGAUACUGAUGAUGAAACACUGACUGUUUAUGGCGUAAACGAGGAAGGGGUUAUUGUUAUAUUUGACGAUGAUUGUGCUACUACGGAUAUACAACAUGGCUCUGAGGAUCCAAAUGUUAGAAAGAACACGCAGUCGGCAUGCUCAAAGGACAAAAUUCACGUACCAUCAACUUCAAAUGACAACAAAAGCACAAGUCAGCCAUCUUCAGACAGCCUGGUGGACUCUACUGGACAAUUACAAGAUCCAAACAUUGAUAUAAAGAAAUGCCAAUCACCUAGCAAGAGUAAUCAGACUAACCAAUCACCUUGCAAGACAAAUCAGACAUCACUACCAAACAAGAAAAGAUUACUACCGUCCAACACCUUUUCACAUUCAAAUGCCGCAUCAAACGCUAACAACAACAGUAACCCGUCGGCAUCAUUGUUAAACAACCAGAACAAAUCACUAUGUUCAUCCACAGACAACCAACAUAACCCUCCACUACUAGACAAUCAAGGGUGUUUUGAAUCUACCACAAAACGACAUGUUUCUAAAGAUUCAAACUUUACAGUGACCAUCGAAAACAAUUUAUCGGAUAAGAGGAAGGCAAAUUUUCACUCACCCAACAUACUAGCAAAGGACAGUUGCAGUUCACAAGCACCAAACAAAGAUGGCCACUCUUCACAGGAAAGAGGUCGAACAAAAUCCGCUCCCAGUAGUACGAGUGGCAAAGAAAGAUGUGAUAGCAGUUUGCUAGGAGUUGUUUCAAGCACAUUUGACAAACACAAGACAAAUUCCAAUUCAACAAGUGCCAGUUGUUCCACAGAAGUAAAAAGCGACAAUGGCAAAUCCCACUCUACACACAAAAGAAGUCAAACUCAAUCUGCUCCAACAAGCUCUAGUCAGAAACGAAAACAUAAAAACAGUCCUGAAAGAGAAAAUCCAUGUUCACGUUUAUUUGAAGAAAACAAGACAAAUUCCCAUAUAUCACAUAAAAAACCCCGUAUGCAGUCAGCCCCUGCAAGUAUGAGCACUCUUCCACAAACAUCAGUAGCAAGUAGCUCUAGACAAGUUCUUUCAAACCUCCAAAACCCAAAUCUUCCAACAGAUUCUUUAGAAAACCUUUCCACGUUUUUGCAUGUUAUAUUUAUCGACUUGGACAACUGGGGUAAAUUCUUCAGUCUACCUUACUCACUUCCACCGAAGGUAUUCGUUUGGGGUUUUUGUGGAGGAAAUUAUUCGAACAAGCAUCAAGGCUCUGUGCAUUUCCGUGCCCUUGUACGAGAGAAACGGUUCUUUCAACAUCCCAUGUGUGGGAAGUCCAAGAACGCAGCAGAUUUUGCAUUGUGUGUACAAGCUGCAAGGCUGGAUCUUCAAUUGCCAAAGCAUAUACCAUUCACAGUGUUGUCUGGUGAUAAAGGUUUUGGUGAACUAAAAACUCAGUUGAGCUCGUCAGAACGUCAGAUCCAUUUGGUUGACCCACAUCACGAGGAACAGGAUAUGUUGUAUGCAACAUUAGCAAGCAUUGGGCAAGCAUGACAUAUCAAAAGAUAAUGUAAUUGUGUUGUGGUGGGCUGUGGUUUGGUGUUCAUGUGUUAUUUUAUAUUUGAUAUAUAUUGUUUUGUGCUGUGAUGUACCAUACUAUACUGUUGUAUUAUUUUGUAUUAUACUGCAUUUUAGUUUCUUUAGUAUGGUCAGUUAUUGUAUUGUUAUUGUAUUGUUAUUGUAUUGUUAUUGUAUUGUAUUGUUAUUGUAUUAUUGUUAUUGUGUUGUUAUUGUAUUGUUAUUGUAUUGUUAUUGUAUUAUUAUUUUAUUGUUAUUGUAUUGUUAUUGACUUAUUGUAUUGC